AUGGCAUCCACACCCACGCCCUCUGGCUCUGGCCAGCCGGGUUUGCCUCCAGUUGACUUGAAGCCGUUGUUGACCAAGCUCUGGCCCGUCAAUAAUGAGGUGACGGCGGAUGAAAUUGCCGAUGCCAUCUCUCAUUUCUUCACAAACCAGGUGACCGAGGCGCAGACCGCUGCGCUGUUGAUGGCCCUUCAUUUCACCAAGUUGGAUUUCCGAGCAGACGUUCUGCAAAAGACUGCGGCCGUCAUGCUGGACGCUGCUGAGGACAUCCCGGUAAAGGAGCUCAAUGAAGUUCUUGCGAGGAGAGGCAGGAAAGAAGGCGCUUACAAUGGCGGCUUGUGCGACAUUGUUGGCACAGGAGGUGACUCCCACAACACCUUCAACGUCAGCACGACAGCAUCCAUCCUCGCCUCUUCGCUCCUCAUGGUGUCCAAGCACGGAAACAGAGCCAGCACCUCCAAGUCAGGCAGUGCCGACAUGAUCAACAGCAUGAAACCCAGGGCCCCGGUCCUGAGCGCCGUCAAGCCCGGCUCCCUCGUCAAGGUGUAUUCGGCCACCAACUACAGCUUCCUGUUUGCGCCCGUCUUCCACACCGGCAUGCGCUACGUUGCGCCCAUUCGAAAACAGCUGCCAUUCAGAACCAUCUUCAACAACCUGGGGCCACUGGCCAACCCCGUAGAGGAUGUCUUGGAGGCACGUGUGAUUGGUGUUGGGAGACGGGACCUUGGUCCGGCCUUUGCUGAAGCGUUGAAAACUGCUGGUUGCCGCAAGGCCCUGAUUGUCUGUGGAGAGGAGGAACUCGACGAGAUUAGCUGUGCCGGCGGGACUCUUUGUUGGAUGCUGCAGGAGAAGUCUCCCGGGGGGGAGGUUGCCAUUGAGCGCUUUACCAUUACCCCCGAGGAUUUCGGCGCCACGCGUCACGCCCUCAGCCAAGUGUCGCCGGGCAAGGAAGCGGCUGAGAAUGCCGACAUCUUGCGGCAAAUUCUCUGCGGAGAGUUCCCGGACAAUGAUCCGUUAAUCGACUUCAUCGCCAUCAACACGGCUGCCCUUUUUGUCGUGUCAGGCAUUUGUGAGGCCGACACCAGUGACAUGGGACACGGCGAUGAUGGCAAGGUCAUUUUGGAGCGCGGCCACGCUGGUCAGCGCUGGAAGGAGGGAUUCAGGAGAGCCAAGUGGGCUAUCAAGAGCGGCCAGGCUUGGAAGCAGUGGCACGCAUUUGUCGAGGUUACCAACGAGAUCGGCUCAUGA